UAGAGGCAGCUCAACAGACUCACUUGUCAGAGACACUAGAGAAGGCAGGAUGUUCUCUUGUGUUAAGACUACUGGAGGCUCAGGCCUCAAGAAAGACAACAGGAAAGGCCAUGGUGGUGUCUGGAGGCACAGGUUUCACUCUUGCCUUCAACACCUGUGGCCAUUUUCCCGAAAGGGAAAAAAAUUGAGCAAGGGCAGCCAAGGCCAGGACCACACAGAACAGAGUGAGAAGGCUUCUCCACCACAGGACCUGAGAGAGCCAGUCCACCACAGUAGAGAGUCACGCAUCAGUGCACAGACGGUAGUAAAGCAGGUGAACUACCUGGUGCCAUCUCUACAGGAAGGGGACCCUUCCUUUGUUCCUAACUUUCUGUCCACAUACAGAAGAUUUCUCACCCCCGUAACGGUGCUAGACCUGCUGUUCAUGAGGUAUGCAUACUUUUGCCCUGAUUCUGAAGAGGAUGAACAAGUAAAGAACACCCUCUGUAGCUUCCUGGAAACAUGGAUGGACAAGAACCCCGAGGACUUUUAUGAGUCCUCAGACCUGUUUCCUCUGGAAUACUUGAGGGCCUACUUGAGUGUUCACAUGCCACACUCUGAUCUUAUUGCCCGCAUCGAUGAGCUCCUGACCCAGUUGCAUGAAGAACAGGCCAAGGAGUUAGAGGCCAAAGAUGAGGAAGUGUUGUCCUCAGAUCCAGAAUUUAAAUAUUGUAAAUCUAUAGGCAAACCAGCCUCUCUGGAGCCAGAACAAACUUGUGCACCAGAGCUAGAGAGUACAAAAGCCACCAGAAAUUUCUGUGACACGUGUGUAGCUACAGCUAGAUAUGUCAGCAGCACUCUGGCCAGCACAGCUGACAGCAGCUGUGGAACCCGUGUCUCAUCUUGUCUGUAGAUAGACUGUAUCUUUCAAUCAUCUCCUGUUACCUACA